UUCGAGGACGUGCACACCCAGCGCGUGAUCGCCAACGUGCGGGAACGCCAGCGGACCCAGUCGCUCAACGACGCCUUCGCGGAGCUGCGGAAGAUCAUCCCGACGCUGCCCUCCGACAAGCUGAGCAAGAUCCAGACCCUCAAGCUGGCCGCCCGCUACAUAGACUUCUUGUACCAGGUCCUGCAGAGCGAUGAGCUGGACCACAAGAUCACCAGCUGCAACUACCUGGCCCACGAGAGGCUCAGCUACGCCUUCUCCGUCUGGAGGAUGGAAGGGGCUUGGUCCAUGUCCGCAUCCCACUGA